UUCUAUCACCGAGUGUUGGCUGUUCACGGAGAACUCGCGCUCGGUACGAGAAGGUGAAAUUAGGUUCGUUCCAGUUUAUUGGUUAUCAGAACAAGCGUAACGCUACGCGAGGCGCAAUUCUUGCGUGAUUGCGGCGCUCUGUCUUGGAAUUAUCGAAAUUGCUCGCGAACACGACGUCGCGGUGACGUUUCUCACGUUUGACACGUGGAACGAGCCGGGAAGCGCUAUUAAAGCGGUAUGGUAAUAAUCCGUUCGAUGGAAACACUCUAGCCGAUAAAUCUCUGCAAGUCCACGAUACGAUGGAGUUUAUGCCGCUAUUGAAGUCCGUGCUAAGUGCUUGUCAAUGUUCCGUUUGUGUUAUUGAAUCGUAAAAUGGGUGCAAACAUAUCACAAUUGGAAAGAGAUAUAGGUUCUGAUCAGUUUCCACCUAAUGAACAUUAUUUUGGUUUAGUUAAUUUUGGUAACACUUGUUACAGCAAUUCAGUGUUACAGGCUUUAUACUUUUGUCGACCAUUUAGAGAAAAGGUUUUAGAAUACAAGGCUAGAAACAAACGAACCAAGGAGACACUGUUAACAUGCUUAGCAGAUCUGUUUUACAGUAUUGCAACUCAAAAGAAAAAAGUAGGUUCCAUAGCACCGAAGAAGUUUAUUGCCAGAUUGAGAAAAGAGAAAGAGGAAUUUGACAAUUACAUGCAACAAGAUGCACAUGAGUUCCUGAACUUCCUUAUAAAUCACAUAAAUGAAAUUAUUCUAGCAGAGAGAACUCAGAGCAAGCCAGCUGGUGGAAAGUGUGGGGCAGGGGAUGCUGGUUCACCACCCGAGCCUACUUGGGUUCAUGAGAUAUUUCAAGGAAUACUGACCUCGGAAACACGCUGCCUUAACUGUGAGACUGUAUCUAGCAAAGACGAGGACUUCUUCGAUCUACAAGUCGAUGUAGACCAGAAUACUUCGAUCACACACUGCCUCAGAUGCUUCUCCAAUACAGAGACCCUGUGUAGUGACAACAAAUUUAAAUGCGAUCAUUGCAGCAGUUACCAAGAAGCUCAGAAACGAAUGAGGGUUAAAAAGCUACCUAUGAUCCUAGCGUUGCAUCUAAAAAGGUUUAAAUAUGUGGAACAGUAUAAUCGUCAUAUAAAAGUAUCUCACAGGGUAGUUUUUCCAUUGGAGCUCAGACUUUUCAAUACUAGCGAUGAUGCUGUAAACCCAGAUCGUUUAUAUGAUUUGGUGGCAGUUGUGAUACAUUGUGGAAGUGGGCCUAACAGAGGGCAUUACAUUUCUAUAGUUAAAAGCCAUGGAUUCUGGUUGCUCUUUGACGAUGAUAUGGUCGAUAAAAUUGAUGCAUCAACUAUAGAAGAUUUUUAUGGACUCACAUCAGAUAUUCAGAAGAGUUCUGAAACUGGUUACAUUCUGUUCUAUCAAUCGCGAGAUUGUAGUUAAAAUUUAGUAUAAAUAGUAAUUGAAGUUAAGCACUCCUAUAUGCUAAUUUCAUAUUUUAACAAAGUACAGUGCAUGUAAAUUUUUGAAUGUUCUAAUGGCAUGUCAGUUUAUUUAUGAUAAUUAUAUACAAAUACGCGUUUGAUUACAUUUUCGGCUGCUAGAAAUAGAAAAUGGUGAUAUAGAUUUAGCUAUAAGCUGCUGCUUUAUAGUUUUUAUUAUAAAGUAAUUCUAAAUUUUUUUUAGAAUCUUUCAUUUAUAAGCCACAGAUUGUUUAAUGUUGAGAAAAAUCGCGAGCAGUUUAUGUACUGUUUUAUAUUUAUUUAUAUUGCCGGUACUAGUCUGUCUGGAAGAGAAUGAACUUGAUUAUUUACAUUAUUGCGAUAACUUGCGUGUCCAGUGUUAUAGAAACGUUGGAAGCACUAUCAAAUUCUAUACAAAUGUAAAGAAAAUAUGACUGAAAAUAAAAAUAUUGUUAUGAGAAAAUAUUUAUUUCU